CUAUAUUAAUGUGUUAUAAAGAUAAAACGUCUGCGAACUCAUAAGAAUGACAUUUCGGCAGGUGUGCUUGAGGUAAACUGUCAAAGAAAGAAUUAUACCCAGGGUUUUAGUAAAUAUUAGUAAAUAUAAGUUAAUAAUUAGUUGUUUAAUUGAACGUGUGGAGAUAUUUUGACUGAAACAUAUUCAUUUCGAUAAAGCCAGUUGUCACAAGGUACAUUUGAUAUUUAAUUAUUUUCUUUUUGACCAUAAAGUACAAAGGUAGCCUUUUUUUGAAAAAAAGAAGUGUACAUAAAAUUCUAAUAACAUUAUUUGGGAUCCUAAACUUUAUUCUGUAUGUUAUUUCAUUUUACUUUUGUGUUUUCUUCCUUAUCUCAAUCCUUGUUUUAGUUACCUGAUUGAUUUCCAUAGAGAUUUACCUCAAAGUGUGACAGAAUGCCAGCCGCUGAUGGUGUAUCGUUUGUUUCUCUUUCAUCACUUUAAAUAUUGUGAACAUUAGCUUUGCAUUAUAGAAAUGACACACUAUGACUGUGUUAUUAUUAUUACUUUCUUUUACAAGCAAGCGUAUUUCCAUUUCCUGAUUUUUUUAAUGCUUCGAUGCACUUAACAGUGCCAUGGUGCUUUGUGAAAAGCUGCCCACGUGAAUAAAUGAAUGAAUACUAAACCUGACACCUCAACUCCCACACCUUUAAAUGCAGAUUAGGAUCCGAUUCCUUAAAACCAGCUAAUUACUUCACCCGAUUAUUGAGGGCUGUAUCGUUGUCCUCGAUCAGUAAUGAAUUGUGUCAGUCUCAGAGUUUUUCCCAUCUGUGGAGAAGUUCAGUUGGACACAGAUCACGAUGUGCCCACACUUGUGUUGUAAUUAUUGUGAACUUUGUCCUUUUGUAAUCUUGAGUAGUCAAGUUAUGAACUUCUGGAGCCGUCAUUCCCAGGCUUAAAAAAUGCAGCACAAUGCAAUGGCCAUUUUACUCAAAUUAAAGGGACAGCUCACCGAAAAGUGAUAAUUCUGUCAUCAUCACUUACUCACACUGAAGUUGCUCCAAACGACUGUCUUUCAAGAUGCUUUGAAGAAUGUCAGUAGCCAAACAGUUGACGGUAGCCAAUGACUUCCAUUGUUGGGGAUGUUUUGUGCUCAGCCAAGUAAAGAUGGAUUCACUUAUAGGUUAACCGUCCCUUUCAAGUGUCAAACGCACUAUUUACUUCAACAUACUCUAGAUGGCAUACUUACACAAACUUCACAAAUGCGUACAUGUUGUAUGACUAAACCUUAACAAACACAUUUUUUUUGUUUAGUUCUAGAUUUAAAGAUAUGCACAUUAGACUACUUAACAUAGUACUGUCUCAAUCAGAAUUUCCUAAUGUUGGUGAAAGGCUAGUCAUUGACAGUAACCUCUCGUCUGCCGCUUUCAUCAUCUGGCACAUAUUGCUUAGUAUUUUGCAAGAGCUGGGGUACAUAUAAAAGAUAAAAUGACAUUUUGAAACCACUGGUGCGAGAGACGUUUGACUGAACAGAAGACGUUAGACAUUUAUAUGAUAUUUUUCUGUAUUGUAUUUGGUCACUACUUCGUGAACGCAGGGUUUUGUAAUAAUAUUUUAUUUCAUUUGUCAUCUUGAGACUCUGUACCAUGUCUGCUGAUGAGUGUAAAUCACAGAGUGAUCCCCAGGAAACUCCUGCCUCUGGAUAUGAUACUGAAGGUUCUGUUAAAACUGAAGAAUAUCAGACCGUGGCACUCAGUGACUCCAAAAACCAAGAAAAUGGCGAUUGUUCGUUCCCUGUGAUGAAGAAUGACACAGGCGUUGAACCGGCAAUACCAUUGACGGCUGGAGAUGUGUGUCUUGCUCCAGCCCAGGAGCUAUGGAGCGCAGCCAGAGACAAGCCUGUCAGACUGAGGAUGGAGACAUCGGGAUUUGGCUCAGAAGCUCCGAUAACGAUCCAUCAGAUGUUCCGGGCUACAGUGCAGAAGUACGGAGACAAUCCUGCCCUCCGUGCGAAGAAAGAUGGAACGUGGGUCACUCUGACCUAUAAGGAGUACUAUCAACAUGCAAGAGCGGCAGCCAAAAGCUUUCUGAAGCUUGGCCUGGAGCAAUUCCAUGGUGUUGGUAUUCUGGGCUUCAAUUCUCCUGAAUGGUUUAUAGCCAAUAUCGGCUGUAUCCUAGCAGGGGGGCUGGCCACUGGAAUCUACACCACUAACUCUCCAGAGGCCUGCCAGUACGUCGCUCAUAACUGUGAAGCUAAUGUUGUAGUUGUGGAAAACAACAAACAACUGACCAAAAUCCUCCAGGUCAAAGAUCAGCUGCCACAUUUGAAGGCUAUUGUUCAGUACAAAGGUGAACUGGAGCAGAAAGUACCAAACGUUUAUACGUGGGCUGAAUUUAUGAAGCUAGGAGCGGACGUCCCUGAUUCUGAGCUGGAUGUGUUGAUAGACAGUCAAAAGGCCAACGAGUGCUGCACAUUAAUCUACACAUCAGGCACCACAGGAAAUCCCAAAGGGGUCAUGCUCAGCCACGAUAAUAUCACUUGGACAGCCGGUGUUGGAGGACGCAUGCUCAAUCUGAAGAUGGCUGAGGAACAACUUGUGAGCUACUUGCCCUUGAGUCACGUGGCAGCCCAGAUCAUAGACAUUUGGCUCUGCAUGAUGUUUGCAGGCGUAACCAGUUUCGCCGAGCCAGAUGCUCUGAAGGGCUCUCUGGCCAACACUCUGAGAGAGGUUCGUCCCACAAGCUUUUUGGGAGUUCCUCGAGUGUGGGAAAAAAUGCAGGAAGCAAUGAAAGCCGUUGGUGCGAAGUCGUCCAUCGCAAAGAGGAAAAUUGCAGACUGGGCCAAGGGGAUCGGACUUCAAGCUAGCUAUAAUGCCAUGAAUGGUGAUUCCUCAGUGCCGUGGGGCUUCACGUUGGCCAAUGCCCUGGUUUUCAAGAACGUCAGAAAAGCUCUGGGUCUUGACCGCUGUAAGGCUUGUUUCACAGGCGCAGCUCCGAUCACCAAAGACACACUGGAGUACUUCAUGAGCCUUUACAUACCUCUCUUUGAGUUGUACGGCAUGAGCGAGAGCACUGGACCUCAUACCAUCUCCUGGGCUGGGGGAUAUCGCAUUAUGAGUUGUGGUAAGGUGUUGUCUGGCUGCAAAACUAAGUUAGACAAGCCAGAAACUGAUGGGACCGGUGAGAUCUGUUUCUGGGGGAGACAUGUGUUUAUGGGAUACCUGAACAUGCCAGAAAAGACAGAGGAGGCAUUGGAUACAGAUGGGUGGCUUCACUCGGGAGACCUGGGCAAACAUGAUAAAGAUGACUUCCUGUUCAUCACUGGCAGAAUAAAAGAAUUGAUCAUUACUGCUGGUGGAGAAAAUAUUCCACCUGUCCCUAUUGAGGAUGCAUUAAAAGAAGAGGUGUCAAUCAUCAGCAAUGUCAUGCUGGUUGGAGAUAAAAAGAAGUUUCUGUCUAUGCUACUUACACUCAAGUGUAACGUUGAUGACAAUGGAGACCCCACAGAUGAACUGACCCCGUUAGCUGUGGAGUUUUGUCGGCGGCAUGGUGUAAUUGCCAGCAAAGUCUCAGAAAUCAUUAACAAAAAAGAACCAGCCAUUUACAAAGCCAUCCAGGAGGGCAUAGACUGCAUAAAUGCCAAAGCUACUUCCAAUGCCCAGAGAGUCCAAAAGUGGACCAUCCUUCAACGAGACUUCUCCAUAUCCGGUGGAGAACUUGGUCCAACCAUGAAGCUCAAAAGACCUGUCGUCAGUAAAAUGUACGAAGAAGAUAUAAACAAAUUUUAUGGUGAAUAACAGAAGAACUCCAAUAUUUGAUCAGUAAUCUAUUUCGCUCACUCCAGGGCUUCCAUUGGACCUCACUAUUAUAACACUUUACUUAUUAUUUUACACAAACUUUGCAUCAUUUUCUACCAAUAGAUUUAUUACCUUUGCUGCCAUUUUAUAUUAAGUGGUCUUAAAUACUAUAUAUACUUACAUCAAUAUAUAAGUCCAGUGUACUUAUUGUGUUCAUAUUGUAUUGCAAAACACUUCUGCUGCUAUUGAGAAGGUUAGAGACAGAGUGGUAGUAUGGGUAAGUUUAAGGGUGGGUUAAGGUAUAAGGGAAGGGUAAACAAGUGUAAUUAUCAGUGUAAUUAAAGAAACUAAUUACAGAUGUAAUUAAUGUACACAAUAAAUGCAUUGUACCAACUUAUUAAUUUAUUAAAUGUAAGCACAUAGUGGUUAAGGCCACCUAAUAUAAAACAUAUCUUUAUCUUUUACAAAGUGCCAAUUAAUCAGUUUUAUAUCUCUCUGUUUGCCAUUAUAUCUGGUUCUGUAUAUUCUGUACAAUAUAUGAAAAUGAAGUUUAUUGUAUGUAAGUGGUAUCACUGUGCAAUUACUGUGCAUAUUACUGUUAAGAAGUAAAUGUGUCUAAAUAUAAAUAGGCUUAGAUUGAGUGUCAUGCUGUCUGUACAGAUCAGUGCUGUUGCUCGCACACAGAGUAUUGUUGGUCCUUUAAACAGUUACAGCCGAACUGUUAAGAAGCAUGUGACAAUUGUUCGUUCUCUUGCUGUUGAAAUUUCACCCAGCACAUUGAAUAUUUAUAAGCGGAGAUGCUGGAAUAUAUAAAUAAAUAAUAUAAUUAGAACACUACGAGCAAAGUAUGCAUUUGUUUAUUUCCUUUUAUAGAUGACUACCUUAUGGAAUAAAAAAUUUUAAAAAACAUGUUGAGAGGUGUAAACUGUCUUUGAGCGAUAAAGGAUAUAGAGAUGUUUCCUCAGAAUUCGUUAUUUAACUACAUUUGUGACUAUGGGAGUGAUAGUAUGAGUAGGUGCAGGGAAACCUCCUGAUGAAAUGCUCCUGUCUGCCUGUGUGUGUCUGCUCUCAAACAAAACAAAACGGCUCUCUAAAAAGGUACAACACUACAGGCACAAUGUGUUUACCCCCUCCCCACCCCCAUGCAUUGUUUAUAUUGUGUUCCCGAACCAGUUUUGAGGUAAUGUAGAGACACAAGCAAGAAACAUCAUCCCUACAUAAAAGCGUCUUCUAUUGUUAACAUUUUCAGACAGUUUCAUUGAGACUGAUCUGUUUUGUGUUCUGCAUUACCUAUUGUUGGAAUUUCUUUUGAAUACGUCUGGUGCUAUAACAGUUCAUUGGCUGUAAAAGCCAAUGAACUAUAAUUACUGAAAGUAUUUUAGAGAGAUUAGAUUUUAGGAUAUACAAUGACAUGUAGGUUCAAUUACAGCUCAUUAUUCUGUCUAUAUAGCAUUCCUACUUUUAUAUAUGACUUCCUAACUACAUCCAGCUGAAAAAUGUAUCGGCUUUAAUCCCACUGUACUAUUCUGUACCAACAGCAGCCAGUUUUAAGGUUUUGGGGACAUCCCAAUGACAAUGAUGAAUUAAUAAUAAUGGUUUAGAUUUAACAAAUCUGUGCUAUGCUUCCUCUCCUAUGAUAGAGAAUGAGUGGAAUUUUUCUUCACGGGAUCUAUAGUGCACUGAAUACAUCUAUAGUGAAUCUAUAGCAUGAAUACAAUCUCUGAUAGUAUCGAUCUUGACAUAAAGUAGUUCAUUACUGCUGUGAUCUUGUAGAUUGUCAGCACCUGUUGAUGCUUUAUUUUUCAUUAAUUUAAUCACUGUUUUUAAUGUUUUUCUGUACGAUAGGGUACUUUCCCGCCAGGCUAUACGAAAUACCUCUAGUUUAUUUUUCUCCAGCUGUGCUCCAUUUUCCAGGCUGCUCUCUUUAGGGUGCGAGUGUGUUCAUUAUACCAAUAUUUUCUUUCAUCUUUCUUAAGUGUAAAGGAGCAACUGUAUCUAAAGUGCUAGAAAAGAGACUACAUAGUUUCUAACACCUCCCCCUUUACCUGGACUAAAGUAAUGCAUUCAUUUGGUUUUAGCCAGUUUUCUGUUAAUUUGGUUUGGUUAUUUUCAAGUUCAGGCAACAGUCUUUUAUUUUAAUAUGUAGGUGUCUCUAUGUGCUGAGAAUUCCAAAGGAAUAAAAGUGCAAAAGGAAAAAAAUAUAUAUAAUCAACCGCUUUAAGUUUUUUUUUGUAUGCCAAAGUUAAUUUUGUACAUGGCAUACAAUAAUAGAUAUUUUUAUAUUUUUACAUUCUUUUACAUGCCCUAGUUUGUAAAUGAAAUAAGAAAAACUUCAAAAAUGUAAUGAUGUGCUGUAUGUUUUGGCAAUGGUAUUGUGCUUUAGUAACCCUUAUGCCGCCUUAAUAUUUUUAAAUGUAAACAAUUCUCAUGUCCCCCAGUUAUUCAACGUAUCCCUUCAACAUGACACAUUAUUGCUGUUCUGAUUAUCAAACAUGAUAUCUAUUCAUUAAGUCCUCAGAUCACAAUUCAUGUACAGUAGAUGCAAUCAAAUGAGGUCAUCAGUUUGCAUAACCUCACCAGUAAUAAAAGUGCUGGAAAUGAACCAAAUUUUCUUUACUAUAUCACUGACCGGAUGACAUCAAAAGCUGGACUUUGAUUUAAACAAGAAUCAACUACAUCUAUUCCCACCUUUGUGCUCUAAAUGAAUAUAAAGCUAAUGUAAUGCUGAUUAGGCCAAAGGUUGUGCAUUUCGUCCUUCUGAACCUGUGCAGGUUUGGUGACUGGUCAGACUGGCUCUGGCUCUGGGGAAUGUCCCCUCAUGGGCGUGCAAUGACUGCCUUUGGCUGUGGUAAAACAGACUGACUAGUUUAAAAACUUUGACCCCAAAAAUGACUCGUGUUUGGAUUUACCUCAUAUAUUUAGAAAAUUACAACAUACCUAUUUACUGAGUGAAAUCUCGCACAAAUCUUAAAGUCAUAGUUGUUCCCAAAAUGAAAAUCCUGUCAUAAUUUACUCUCAUGUUGUUUGAAACUUGUAUGUCUUUUAAACUACCAGGCAACAAAAAAGUAAAUCUUUAGCAGAAUGUUCAAGCCGCUGUGUGUUUAUAAUAGUAUUGCUUUUGAACUUCUUUUUUUUUUUUUUUAACCAUACCUUUGUUAUCAAGAAUGUUAACAAUAGAAAAGAAAAGAAAAAACACAAGAGCUAUUCUUAAAUUUAAUUGGGCACUGCGGUCACGUGGUCAUAAGACACAAGCAGAUUUCUGUGUGUUCAUUCAAAACUGCCUGUUUCACCAAAUGGAGACAUUACUUCCAGUGGCUUUAAGCAAUGUGAAGAGCCAUCUAGUGUUUAGUGUAAGGAACUACAUGUUAUUUGUUGUAGUGUACUUCAUUGAUGCAUUUUUACAUUUUCAUACAUAGCUUACAACUUUAUGUUUCAUAGCAGGCCGCCAUCAGUGUGCUCAGGCCUUAUUUAUCUUU